AUGGGCAAGAAUACGACCCGUGAAGAUGUUAUCGAGCUGUUCGAUCCUGUGAUGCGCAAUCGACAUAGUACAGAGCCGCCGACAGGCUCCGCAAAGCGCAUCUUCUUCUGGACGUUGCGUAUUUCGUGUUUGUGCCCAGGACAUGUCAAUUACUCCAAGUGCGUUCCGUUGCGCAAACUCGGCUCGGGUAACUUUUGGCAACUCUUGGGUCGACGGACAUGAAGUUAAUUAACCGAACUCGAAUAGUAUACUUACUGUUCUGGAGGAGUAUCUGACUUAAACUGAAAACUUUGAAGAAGGUUGAAUUCAGUCUACUUGAUAUGUUAAUUUUCAGCGCUUUUUUCAUUGCGCUCAAAAAUGAUUUCUUAUUUUUCAAUGUUCUACGUCGAAAGUUUUAAUUCGAAGGUCUAACCCAAAAUUUUCCUUCAAAUAGUUCAAUAUGUUAUUAAAAUCUUUAUAAAAAUCUUGAAAAACUGCAAAAUAUUCAUUUGAACCUCAGAAGACUGUCGAAAUUCUCCAGAACAAAAAAGAAUUGAAAAGACCCUCAUUUUUGCAUAACCUGAGCAAACCUUUGGCAAUUACAAAGACAAUAUCGAGAAGGAAAAACAUUGAAAAUCAAACCUUCCUACCCUACUGCAAGGAAACGUCUCAAUCAAAAUGUUCGAACAUGAAUUUUAGUUCUUGAAAUAGAAGCGAAAAAAAAAAUGGGCAAAAAUGUGAUAAGAAACAGAAAAAAUACAAAUAAAGGAGGACCAAAUGGUAAGAACAAGUUGGACACCGACCUUUUAUACCUAUGGAGGGAGCGGACGAAGAUGCUAGCCUGAGAAUCGACGGCCGACUUUAGGUGCCAACCGUGUGAAUCCGGCCUCGGCACGGGCCUGGUCAGUGGUCACACUUCGAUUGUCGCAUCCUCACAGUUUUCACAACACUACCUUCGUGAGAGUCUACUCAGUUUUCGAGUAA